AGGAGCAGCUGUUUUUAAGGCCAUUUUAGGAACGUUCUCCGGGGGGAACUGGACUUUCUGUGGAGACCCCCUUCUAAGAGAACCUUCGCUAAUGUCUCUCGGUGUGUUUUAGUCGCUUGAAGCUCUCUGAUCCGAAUCUAAAUAAAGUUAUUGGCCGUGUCCCAAUGGGGAGCGCGAGGCGGCAGGAAUGCGGCUCUCUUAACAGGACAGCAGCAGCUCCUCCGUCAGACGUGACGUCGCUGGUUCCCCGCAGAAAAACUGAACUCGGUGAAAGUUUUCUAUGAAGAAAAAAACUUUUUUUUCUACAAGCAGCACAGCAGUUUGCCUGUCCGAGCGGGGCUAGUCCUGGGGAAUGUGCGGACGCUUGCUAGCAUCUCUCCGUCGAAAUGUUACCGCGACCGUUUCGCUCCGUCGCGGUUGUUUUAAGCGUGUUGCUGGUGAAAAGCUGCGUGUGUGUCACCGAGGAGGACGGAGGAGAGGUCCUGGAGCAAAAACAACUCCUGGAGCUUUACAGAAAGGAUCUCUUUAUCCUGGAGAGUUUGCCUCUGAAACAUUGUGUCACUGUGGACCAGUCCAGCUUGGUUCUUGGGGACUGCGAGCGUCCCACUCGCCGUAUGCUGUGGAAAUGGGUCUCCAAACAUCGUCUCUUUAAUUUGGACACCAGCAUGUGCCUGGGCCUCAACAUUUCAGACCCGACGCAGCCCCUGGGCAUGUUUGAGUGCGACAUGGCCUCCCCAAUGCUGUGGUGGCGCUGCCAUGGAAAUAUGAUAUACGGAGCAUCGGAGUGGAAGCUGAAUGUGGCUGGGCGUUUGGUGGUGGUGAAGAAAAACAUUUAUCACGAGUGGAAAAGACACAACACUCCAAAAGAAGGCCCCUGCUCGCACCCGUAUGAAGAAAUCCACACUUUACUGGGGAAUGCACACGGGUAUCCCUGUGUUUUCCCGUUUAACUACAACAACAAGUGGUACUCCGAGUGUACGACUGAGGGGCGCGAGGACCACCUUCACUGGUGCUCUACCACUGAUCGCUAUGAUCUGACUGACAGAUGGGGCUUCUGUCCAGUUAAAGCUUCAGGUUGUGAGCACUUCUGGGAGUCUAACCAGGAUCUGGGUGCGUGUUACCAGUUUAACUUGUACACCAUCCUGACCUGGAGUCAGGCGCUGUCCACCUGCCAGGCUCAAGGUGGAAACCUGCUCAGCAUCACCAGCCUGGCAGAGCACCGCUACGUCCACGAUCGUCUGGCUAGUGUUGGAGCGAUGGUGUGGAUUGGGCUGAACCACCUUGAGGAAAGACAUGGCUGGCAGUGGUCUGAUGGAGCACCUUUAGCACUGGUGAAUUUCACCACAGCUCUAGAUGCCAGCCCACUAGAGAACAACAGACAGUGUGGAGUGUAUAACUCGGCCUACGGCGGCCAGUGGCAGAGUCUGUCCUGUGAGGCGGCGAUGCCUUACAUCUGCAAGAAGACGCAGAACGACAGCCACAGAGCUGAGCCACUAGAGAACUGGCAGUACGUCCAUACUGAGUGCGCUGAUGGCUGGUGGCCUCAUAAUGGUUUCUGCUACCUGGUGCUGCCGGAAAAGGGAGCUGCAAGCUGGGAGGAAUCCUCGCAGAUCUGCAGAUCUCACAAAGCAAACCUUACCAGCCUCCACUCCCUAUCAGAGGUGGAAAUGCUCCUCACCCUCCUGGCUAAUGAUUCUCGGCAGAGUACGGAGGUCUGGAUUGGCCUGUGGAAACGAGCGUCAUCACCAGCUGUUGAGUGGUCGGACGGCUCACCAGUAACUCUCACUUUGUGGCACCAGUAUCACCCUAUUCACAACCUGACGGGCAUGACGCUCUGUGUCAAAGUGGACAGGCAGAAAGGUAAUUGGCUUUUGGCUCCGUGUGAUGAGCGACACCCUGCUGUGUGCAGAAGAGCAAAUCGGAGUCCCAUUCAGCAUCAUGGGACCUGGGAGGAAGGAUGUCCUGCUGGGUGGAAGCGACAUGGACAUUCCUGCUACAUGGUGACCGGUCACGAACAGAACCAUGAAGAUGCGCAGAUGGGAUAUUACUGCAAAGCUCCGCUCCUUUCUGUGGAAAACAGGUUUGAACAGGCCUUCGUCAACAGUUUGCUGAGUGCCAGUGGAGCCAACAGCAGCUUGUUUUACUGGAUUGGCCUCAUGGACCAGGCAAGGAAAGGAGAGUACAGCUGGCUUCCUCACAAUGGCUCCUCUCUGCCUCUCACAUUCACCAACUGGAACAAACAUCAGCCAGUCAGUACUGGUGGCUGUGUUGCCAUGUCUGGCGGAGCUGCUCUGGGGAGGUGGGAAGUAAAAGAUUGCAAGUCCCACAAGGCCCUGUCGGUGUGUAAGCAGAGCAUCAGCAGCUACCAUGAUGCCCAGCUGCCAGAGCACCACAUUGAUGCUUACGCCCCCUGUCCUCCAGGCUGGGAAUCACAAUCUGGACUGCUCCACUGUUUUAAGGUUUUCCACGAUGAGAAGGUCCUGAUGAAGCGCUCCUGGGUGGAAGCAGACUUCUUCUGCCAGGCGCUUGGGGCUCAGCUGGCCAGCUUCCAGCACUAUGAGGAGCAGGUGUUUGUGAAACGCCUCCUCACCACCAUGUUUGAAGGAACAGAGGGCCGCUGGUUCUGGGUGGGUUUAAAUAAGAGAAACCCCGAGCAUCUUGGUGCCUGGGAGUGGUCUGAUGGCUCCUCAGUGGUGAUGUCCUUUAUUGAAGACAAAAAUGAGGAGGAUGACAGGAGGGACUGUGCCGUGUACAGUGACCUGACCAAUGCUCUCAUGCCACGGCCUUGUGAAACCAAACAUGAGUGGGUCUGCAAGCUGUCCAGAGGUGAUAAACUGAUAAACCCCUACUGGUACACGGAGCAAAGCGAGCCCUGGGUGUUUUACCGUGGAGCUGAGUACUUGCUGGCCAAGCAGCCUUUUGACUGGCACUCUGUUUCUCUGGCCUGUCAGAUGAUGGGAGCCCACCUGCUGGCUCUUCACUCCAGAGAGGAGCUGCACUUCAUCAAAGAGCGCUUACGGCAGCUCUCUCUGGGACAGUCGGACUGGUGGAUCGGCCUGUCCAUCGUCCAACCCGGAGAGGUCGUCAGGUGGAGUGACGGUACAGAGAUAGACUUUCAUAACUGGGCUGAUGGAGGUUUUCACACCAACCUCAGAAAAUAUGAGGUGUGUGUUACUAUGUCGUCUUCAACAGGGAAGUGGUCAACAAGUAAAUGCAGUGACCUCCACGGCUACGUGUGCAAGAGAAAGACCGUGUCUGUGGUGGAAACCCCCCGAGAGCCACACUACAUAGGAGGAUGUCCUGAGAACUGGCUGUACUUUGGACACAAGUGUCUUUUGCUUCACCUCCCUGACGGUCCACGAGAAGGGAAGAGUUGGAAGGAUGCCCAGUCCAUCUGCUCUUUGUUUGAAGGCUCUCUGGUUGCUAUAGAAGAUGAGAUUGAGCAAGCCUACAUCACCAUGCUGCUCCAGGGACACUCCGUAGGCGUGUGGAUUGGUCUGCGGGAUGAGGACACCAUGAAGUGGACUAAUGGGAAACCAGUCAGCUACACCAACUGGUCUCCAGUUGAACCAAAGAGCUACCUCACACAGGACGAGUGGCUCACUGGAGAUGCUGAUGAACCACUUUGCACUGUUCUGUCAAACAACCACAACUUCCACCUGACUGGGAAGUGGUACGAUGAGAGGUGCAGCGAGAGUGGAUACGGGUUUGUUUGUCAGAAACCUCAAGACACUUCCAAACCCCCAACCCACACCUAUUACCACCCUCUUCCUGAAAAUAUUGAGUACAGGAGCCACAGUUACAAUGUUGUGUCUGGCAACUUGAGCUGGUACGACGCCCUGAAAAAGUGCAUGGAGAAUGAUUCUGACCUAGUGAGCAUUACAGAUGCAUACCACCAGGCUUUCCUUACCGUCCUUGUCAAUAGAUUGGCUGUCCCUCACUGGAUUGGACUUUACAGUCGAGACAGCGGCAUCAAUUAUCAGUGGUCAGAUGGUAGUGGCACUGUAUACACACACUGGGAUGCAGCUGACGACGAUGAUGAUUUUGUGACAGGAGAGUGUGUGUACAUGGACGUGAACGGAGGCUGGCGGAGAGCCGACUGUGAAACUCCGCUACCAGGAGCUCUGUGUCACAUUCCCCCACCCAGCAGUAAACCGCACAUUUGUAAUGGGACGCCUUGUCCCUUCACAUGGCUGACCUUUGAAAAUGGCUGCUACAACUUUGAGUCUGUGGUGGAAAAAUGUACUUUUGAAGAGGCGAGGGAGCACUGUAAACAUAAGGUCAAAACCUCAGAUGUCCUGACUAUUGAGAAUGAGACUGAGAGCCGUUUUGUUCUGGAGCAGCUGUCCUUGUCAGGGUUCCUCCACCACUCUGUCUGGUUGGGGCUGUACUUCAACAUCGACACUGAUUCGAUGGACUGGGUCGAUGGUUCACCAAUGGACUACACCAAUUGGGCCGACAAAGGCCCAGACACCAAGCUGCUGACUGCAGAUACUUGUGUUACUAUCAAGGGGGUUGACGGUGUGUGGCACCUAUCAUCGUGCAUGGAGCGGCUCGGUUUCAUCUGCAAAGCCGCCUUAGGUGUAAAUACUGAAGUGAAAGUGGAACCACUUAAUGAUUUGCAUCAUGAUGCCAUUCCUGCUGCUGCUGUCGUGGUGGCUGUAUUGAUCUUUGCCCUGCUGGCAGUGGCAAUGUGGUUUGUUUAUAAGAAGAACUCACUCCGUUUCCGUGGACUCUCCACAUUUGGAAGAGCAUAUUACAGACAAACCAGUUCUCAAGCAACAGAAUCCGAUGGAAAUGUUCUGAUUACAGACCUGGAUGCCUACUCAGGAGAAGAGCACGCAAGAUGACCGUCAAUCUGCAUUAGAUAUGAAUGCCGUGUGACACCUUAAAGCUGUGAUGCUAGCUCCUAAGGAGGGGUCCUAUGGAACAUGUUUGAGGGAUCACUGUUAUGGGGUAACAUUUGUAAUGUCAAAGCAGCAUUCUGGGUUAUUUAGCGCAUCAUAAAAGAAGGAAAUGGGAGUGCAUUUUUCAAAAUCAGAUUUUCACCAUGUUCUUCAUAAUUGUACAAUUGUUAAAGUUCACAACUAAAUAUUCAGUUGGCAAGCUAAAUAUUUAAUUUGGAGUUAAAUGUUUAUUUUAUACUCUAAAUAUUUAGGUCUAAACUAAAUAUUUAGUUUGUAAAAUAAAUAUUUAAUUUGCUUACUAAAUAUGUAAUUGGGGGCUAAAUAUUUAGUUUACAAAAAAAAUAUUUAGCUGCUCUCAAUUAAAUAUUUAUUUUUCCAAAUAAAUAUUUGUAUCUCAGCUAAAUAUUUUUAGCAAAAUAUUUAGUUUGUAAACUAAAUAUUUCGCUCCAAAAUAUAUACCUAGUAAAAUAAAUGGUUGCACUAAUUAAAUAUUUCAGUCUGACCUAAAUUUUCAGUUUAUAAAAUAAUUAUAUGACUCUAAAUUAAAUAUUUAGCUUGCCAACUAAUUGUUUAGCUAGGAUCUUUAACGUUUAUAAAUGUUUGAAUUACAUGGUGAAAAUAUGACUUUGAAAGAUUAACUCCCUUUUUUUCUUAUGAUAGGCUAAGUAACCCAAAAUUAUUGCUGCAAAUGUAUGACCGUUUACUAAUGGCACCCCAUACACCCCGUUGCUCCCAUGUUUGGAUUGAUUCAGAAUAGUGUGAGUUACUUUUUGUGUCAACUCUGAAAGCCCACAUCAGAUUUUUUUUAUUUCAAUCAACAAUGUUUGCUUAGUUUGAAAUUGUUAAAAAAAAUGUAAUGGACUUUAUAGAGGUUUAACCGUCUAAAAUUGUUUUCAACACACAUUUGUUAUAAUCCCAAAGCAUGGGGAUCAAUUUAAUUGAAUUUCGAUCCAAGAUCAUUUUGAUUUGAUAUGUUGUAAUAUUUGAGCAUGAGGGAGGGAACAUUUCACCUGGGACUAAAGUAAUUCUCAUUCUCACAAAUGAAGGAAGAAUUGCAAAAUUGAAAUGUCAUGUAAUUUUAUAAAUUGUUUCUUAUUCAGGAGCUGCUUAAUUGCUGGAACUGUACAUGUGGCACAGCAGUGUUUUCAGUAUUAAUUUUGUAUUAAGGUACUAUUUUACUUGUUUACAUGCUGUAUAUUGCUGCCAGAUGUUUUUGUAAACUCAAAACUAAAAGAAAUGUGUGAACAACUGAUGAUUGGAUUUAUAUUUUUUUAAGUUGCAAAUGCAAAGAAGAUCAAAACAUGUAUUUUGUACAGUUUUUCUUGUGCUUAAUAAAUUAAGUUUUGUUAAACCUUGA